UUUCAAGUCAGGCCAUGAACUUGGCAACUGGGUGGUGGAAAAAUUGAUUAGAAAUUGAUUGAAAAUAAAUCUUAAUUAAUAUGGGAUCAAAUCGUAAACCUGGCAAAUUUAGGAAACUUGGCAAUGAGGAAUUACCCCGGUUGGAUUCUGCUUUGAUGAAGCAUUUGCCAAAAUCUAGUCAGGUUUUGAACAUGGUGAGGCAAAAGAUCCUUCAACUCAUCAAAGAACCCACGAUUUCGGACUUAUUUCUCUACGAGGAUGACGAAGAAACGCAAGAUUUUGAUAAGUGGGCCGACCCAUUUGUCGUUUGCGUUCAAAAUAAUAUUCACAGUGAAUACUGCAUCCUACUCCGCCCACCAGAAUUAAUUCCCAUCAAUUCCGGGAUGAUGCAAUCCUUCGAGGAAUUAAUAGACUGGGAUCGAACCCACAUUUUUGGAUCCAUCCCGCAAACUUUUCUGGACUCGUAUUUGCGACAAAUUUUGGAAAAGAGAGGAAUUCAAUAUAAGGACAAUCCAUGCGAUGCGCAUGUUUUGGAUGUGGACACGGCUUUAAAUUAUGAGAAGGAAUACACCUAUCAAGACACUCGAAACGAUGGAAUUUCAAUGAGGGUUUCCUCCAUUCGCCCCAUUGAUGCGGAUAUUGACCAAAUUUUGAACAAUUACGUUUGGACACUGCCCCACUCGAAGGGUAAUUUAUCCGCCACGAUUUGCAACCUGGGGUCCGUUGGGGUGUACGCGAAUCCAGACGGCGACCCCGACUUUGCCAGCUAUGCGGUCCACUCCCCCGUCGGAUUGCUGCAGAUUCUGCACACGGAGGAUGCCUUUCGUCGCCGCGGGUUGGGGAUCAUCGUGAUGAAGGCGCUCGCGAGAAAGGUGGCGGACCUCGGGCUGCUUCCGAGGGCGGAGUGCAUGGUGGACAACGACGCGUCGCGACAAGUCCAGCUCAAGGCGGGGAUGGUUUUCGUGGACAAGAUCAACUGGAUAUUGUGCCGGCAGGAGUACGAUGUUAAAAAGUGGAAUAAAAUGAACUCUGUUACGAUUGAGUAAAUAUUUAAUUUGGGAUGAAAAAGGGACUAAAUUAUGUAUCGAGCGAAAUAAAAAAUAUUGCUCAAGUUAGUUACUGGCAUAUUUACAUAAUUAUUCCUGGAUUGGUUUAAAUUGCUCGGGAAUAAAUAUUCCUUUCUUUACCAUAAA